CUUCAGCUUCUAAAUGAGACCCAAACUAAGACAGAGAUCAUUGGAAUGUGGACUCAACCAAAACUGGGAAGAAAUCCCAAUCACCAGUAUAAAACCCUAUCUGAGAGCGCCUAUGGCUAAUCAUCUCAACAACAGCAGUAACUUUCGAGAAUGCCUCCUCCCCCGAGAAACCCCGACCACCGUUCCCCGAAGAGGCCACGGUUCCCUCCUCCUCCUCCCGUCCCUGAAGAGGAGGAAGAAGAAGAAGAAGAAGACGACGACGAGUUCAGCGACAUUAGUGCCGAUGACGAGGAGGAUUGCAGCGACGAAAGCGCCGAUGACGAAGAAGAUGACGUCGAAGUAGUCGCUGUCGUUACGGUAGCGGAGGCUCAAUCGAGAAGAUACGUUGGCAGCAGCAGCAGCACUAGCUCCCCCGUUAAGCUGAACAGCUCUGAGAUUCUCGACUGUCCCACUUGCUUAGAGCCACUCAGGGGGCCCAUCUAUCAGUGUGUGAAUGGGCAUAUAACUUGUUCUCCGUGCCUCCCCAGAGUCUAUAAGCAAUGCCCUGUCUGUAGGAUACCCAUCGGUAACAUCAGAUGCAGAGCCAUGGAGAUGGUCAUUGAAUCAUCUGCUGUCCCCUGUCGUUACGCCAUCUACGGGUGUAAAGAAACCACGUUGUAUGGGGACCAAGCACAUGAGAAGGUGUGUCCGUACAUCCGUUGCCAGUGCCCCGUAACGAACUGCAGCUACACCGGCGGCUACAAGGAGGUCGAAGCCCACGCUCGUCUCCAGCACUCUUGGGACGUGGAACACCUCAUCCCGUUCGUUUUCAACACCCCUCAGAUAUUUAGCAUCAACCUGGCUAGGACCAGUAGGGCAGUUUUCCAGGAAGAGAAAGAGGGUGAUAUGAUUGUGGUCCAGACUUUCAAAAGGACGAACGGCGGCGUUUGUGUGACCGUGAGCCAUAUCGCGCCUUUGUCUCUUGGAGUACGCAACCUCUCGUGCAGUCUUGCUAAGCUCAAUGCGUAUACCACACUGAGGCUUGGGGUGAUGGUGAAGAAAAUCCAGAAACUGAGAGAGCAGGAAGAGCCCAGAGAGGACUUCCUGUUUAUUCCGGAUUAUAUGUUGAGUGAUAAUCACUUGAAGAUGCAGAUUUGCGUUGGAAGUGAAUUUAAGUAUGUUCAUAUCUGAGGAAGAUGUGAUGAUGAUUGCUCAUCUUGAAGAUGCAGAUUUGCUGGCAU